AAGGGUAUAGCAGUGAAUUGUACAUCAAACGAAAGGUUACGGUUGAUCGAACAAACUUGGGACAAAACUAAAUGUUGAUGUUUUGCAAGAUUAUUUUGGGAUUUUUCACAUACAAAUUCUAUAAAUCAACUGAAAUACAAUGCUCUAACUUUGCUUACGGAGAAACUGAAAGUUCGCGUGGAUAUCAUGGUUUUACCAGUGACGCGGAUAUGCUCGAUGCGUCGGGACCAGGACCUGUAGAUCCGGAUACACCUGUCGCCCACUCAAAUUUUGAUUACCAAGUGGGUAAUUACCGUGCAGGAUUAGGUGAUGUUUAUUCUGCAGACCCAAUAGGUGGUUAUCAACCUUAAAAUCGUGUAAAGACAGCCAUUUAUUUGUUUUGAAAAGUAUUUUCCUUGUGAUGACGUUUCGCGAAAUUUGUAUCCUCUCUGGAGCACAUCUUUUAUUUUUUUGUGCCUGUAAGAGUUGUUUUGUGUUAUUCUGACUGUUUCCUUCUGUUCAUUUAUAUCAUCACUAUGUCUUGUCAUUCAUAUUUGAUAAACUUCACUGAUAUUUAGCGUACAUCCACUACUAACUAUUUGGCUGUAAUAAAUUUAUCUCGUUCAGUACUUUCUUACUUAUAUUUGCACGUUUCUACUUGCCUAAUAUUAGUUACUCUUCUGGUUUUUAUAUAAUCAUGAUUGUCCAAUAAUCAUUGUUAUUUCUUCGGAUUGUUUAGACAGUCGUAUUCUUAUCAAGCAAAAGAUAAAC